CAUGCCCACUGCAAUCGAUUGAUCCCGAAUUCAUUGUUUUGAUGUAAUAUUUCCGAUUCUUGCUUCCUCUCUUUUGUAUAUCAGCCCACAAACUGCCGAAGUAGGUCAUCAACAUUUAAAAGUCGGUUUCCCUUGUCAGGAUCUUGCAGUCUUAGGCUGUCAGGCCAAUUAUGUAAGCCGCAAAUCCGGUGCAACGAGAGGAAGCGGACUUCUCAGUACGUGCGCGCUUUUGUAAAAGCCUCAGUCAGAAAUUUCAUUGGAUCUCAAGAAAUGAUUACAAUUAUCGACUCUGUUAGCUGUGGUUUGGAAUGAUAUGUGAUUACUGCAGGAUAUCAUGCCCAUAUCUGAGUAUGAAAACAAUUUAACCGCCACAAAAUGGAAGGGAAUGUUUGUACCCGCGCUCAGAAAGGUAAGCAGUUGUGCGAGAAUUCGACCCAUCAUUCCGCUUUCGGGGGAAAAGGGUGACAUUCCGAUUGAUUGAUCUCCUCAACCUGCAUGCAGAUGUGAUCUUCGAUCUCUGAACAGCAAGGUUCGUAUUCAAGGGAUGCGGUUUUUCGGCUUAGAACGUUACUGUACGGUAUUGUUAAUUGCUUUGCGAAUUUUGUAGGUUGAGGACAAGGAGGCGUGAUUGAAAUUGGGUCAUAACUUACUGGGCCUUUCAAAUUCGCUUUUAGGUGCAAUCGCAGGUUCACCCUGCGUUGAAAGUACACGACGAAGCGCUGGAGUAUAUCGAGUCUUUGAUCGUCCAACUCAUGAAUCAUCUGUGCGCCUGCCAGCCACGUUCAGUCGCCGACGUGGAAGAACGAGUUAUGAGCUCAUUCCCUCAUCCGAUUGAUAAAUGGGCAAUCGCAGAUGCGCAAGCUGCGAUCGAAAGGGGAAGGAAGAGAAAUCCUGUGGUUUUACCGGCGGACAAAGUGCAUGCUAUAAUCAAGGUGAUGUUGAGUUCGUGCUAGGAGCGGAGUUUGUUUUCCUUGUUAAAAUUGAAGCAGCUGUCAUGUUGGUAUAUCCAUUUCGUUUAUUGAAUUGAUCAACAACGUUAUUAGGAUUCGCUUUGAAGAACUUCCUAUUUUUCUUUCACUUUGGAUUAUGUACAAGUAACAAGUUGUUUAUUGUUUAUUUGAGAUAUACUUUGCGCUAGUGGCAGUGCAAGAAUUACUUUCAAGAUGUCCGAUCGAUUUUUAUGUUAAUCUUGUAAAAACAUGUCGUUAGAUCUUAAUAACUUAACCCUCAGCUGCUCGUCCAAUUGUUUGUGCGUGCCCCGCUAUUCUUGUGAGAAACAUAAACUUCCACUACCGCUACUUCCUCUUCCACUAUUGGAUUAAAAAAGUUGUAGACAAACUUUAACUUUUCUCAAUGUACAAAACAUCCAACUGAGUAAUUGUUUGCAACUCAAAAUGAAAACUCACUUUGCGGUUCACUCUUUAAAUUGUUCCAAAUCAUCCUAAUUAUUGUCUUAAUUUUUUUGCUUAUUGCUUACGUGAAACUUAGCAGUGAUUCUACCAUAAAAUGUUGUGUUUUGAGUUGUUUCGAAGGAUGUUAUUAGAGCGUUAGGAUUGGAAAAUAGUUUUUUUGUAUUCAGGAACUUCAAAGUAGGCACAGUGCAUUUCUUGGAAGAAGAUUGCAACUACUUCUAAUUUGCUUUGACUUCAACCCAUUAGUUGCAGUUUCCUUGUUUCAUCCUUUAAAACCAAAUGGUGCUUAGAAAAAUUAUGCGUAAGUGUCAUAGGCAAGAACUCCUGACUUCCACCUGCCAUCCACAUCUCAAAACAUCUGUACUUAAACACCCUGACAAAGAAAUUUUGUUGUGGUCUGCAGGAUAUUCUUGGAUUCAGGGUGGAAUCCCAAGUAAGCCUUUACAUUGUGGCUGUUAUGGAGUACAUAUCUGCUGAUAUUUUAAAGGUAAAUGAUUUAACCCUUUAACUCCCAGAUCAAAUUUAUCAUUCUCCUUACUGUCAACCCUACAAUUCUUAUAAUGUUAGGUCAGAGAAUUUAGUAUUGGAUCAACUAAUUAUCCCCAAAUUGAUAUUUUUCUUCAUUCUCAUCACUUAUCUGGUUGAUACUGUAAUGAUAUUGUAAGGAGAAAUUCUGGCUUGGUCACUCAUGAGAGUUAAAGGGUUAAGAAUAGUUAAUGUUAAUCUAGAGAUGAUAUCAAGGAGAUUAGACACAUAUUAAAAAGAUAUUAUUUUGCAAAAGACAUAUGAAAGGCUUAUGAAUUAUAUAUAGAAAAUACAUGACAAAGUAUUGGAUGAAUGCAAUGUUUGAUGCAAGAAAUGUUCAAAGUCAUCCUUCCCAAUCAAAUACAUACAAAAUACAGGGCUCUUAUGGGUUGUGGAAAGUCACAGUAAAUAGCUGAAAAUUAUAUUUCGUAGAAUACCAAAGCAAGAAUUGUCUUGACAUUAUGACAAACAUCACAAAAGGUGUAAGCAUUUUUAGGCCUACAAAAUAGAGUGAUAACUCAUCUGAUUGAAAAAAAAAUUGAUAUUAUGGUAAAUAAAGGGUUUUUGCAUAAAGGAUAGGCUUGUUUACUUGUUUAUUGGGAAAACUCGCAGAAAGAAAGGUUUUGAGCUUUAGGUUCACAGUAGAGAUUUUUUUUAUCAUGAUAUGUUUUUUUUCCUUUUUUAUUUUAGCUUGCUGGUAACUAUGUGAAGAAUAUCAGGCAUGUUGAAAUUACUUGCCAAGACAUUAAGGUGGCUCUGUUUGCUGACAAGGUUAGUUGUACCUUUUUGUUCACCUCUGUAAUGGCUGUGAGGAUAAGCUUUUGAUCUCUGAAUUUGACUGUUAAUUUGUUGAACUUGGUUAAUAUUUUUUAUUGGUAUUAAAUAAAGCACUGUACUCUGGCAAUGAAAGCAUAGAAGUCCUUUUUCAUGUGAUGGCAAUGAUAUGGUCAGGGCAUUACACCUGCCAUCAGGUGGUUUUGUGAACUAGUUGCUAUGGUUACUAAGUUGUGUUUUUGGCAGGUCUCUUUUAGCAUCAUAAGGUGCCCCAACAAACUGCAGUUUCAUAUCUAUGAGAGGGUUGUAAUCCAACUUGUGCACUCAGUAACCUGAUGCAUUUUAUAUUUUUUUUGAUAGGUGUUGAUGGACAUGUUUCAUCCUGAUGAUGUGGAGACAUCAGUGGAAGCAGAGGUUAGUAAAAAGAAAAAAGCAAUUGGCAGCCUUCACUCUUUCCUUGAUAAUUCCAACUCUCUUUUUGAUAAAGGUAGAGUGAUUUUUUUUUAUCCCAACAUUAAUAGGUGAGGAAUUCAGUUGAUUAAUUAGCAUGGCGAUCAGUCAACUUUUACGCAGUCAGCCAACUAGCUAGUAGUUAGGCAAUGAAUCAGCAAGUGGGCAAGUUAGUCUGUCAGUCAGGCAGUCAAUCAGUCAGUCAGUCAAUCAGACAGACAGACAGACAAAAUGGAACUCCUUAGAACAAAAGAAGGAAUUUCCAUCCCUGGUGGAGUGCUAUAAGAUUGUAUCCAAUCUUAAUGGUCUAAAGUUCAAUGAUUAUUUUGAACUGUGCAGGAGCACUAAGAUGAGAUCUAACCAUCAAUAUAAGAUGCAAACCAAACUCACAAAAUUAAAUUGUUAUAAAUAUUCCUUCUUUGUUAAAAUAAUCAAGUUUUGGAACGAUCUUCCAAGUAAUGUAAUAAAUUGCCACGAUAUUCAAAACACCAACAAGUUUAAAAUAAGAUUUAAAAAUCACAUGAAUGUUUAUUGAUUGGGCAUUCGAUACUUUUUUAAUGAUAUUUCUGUGAUUUUUAUUUAUUUUUAUUAACUUGCUUUCAUGAUGUAAAAUUUCUUUCUUUUUUUAUAUACCUUUAUUUUUUUCAGAGAUCCUUAAUAUAAGGUUAACCUCUGGGUUUCCUUUUUCUUAACCCUUUAACUCCCAAGAUCUGAUUGUUAAUUCUCCCCUCCAGCUGCUACACAUUUCCUCAUAAAUGAAUUAUGAGAAUUUAGUGUUAGAUCAAGAUAACAACUUCUACCUGAUAAGUUUGAGUAUUCUCAUUAUCUGUUUGCUGAAUAAUGUAUGGAUAUUAAAGGGAGAAGUUACAUGUUAACCACUUCUGGAAGUUUAAGGGUUAAUAACAGGGCUUGUUAUUAAAAAUACUGAUUAUUUUGAAAUAAAGUAUUGUAUUGAUAUUCACAGUCAGACGGUUCGUCAAAUUAAUAAUCAGUUAUACAGUCAGUCAGUCAGCCAGACAGUCAGAAUGUCAAUAGUCAGACAAUCAGUCAUUCAAGGAGCCAGUGAGUCAGUCAGGUAUUCUUUCUGUGAGUCAGUUAUUUAGUGGGUGAGUGAGGACUUUAGGUCAUUGGGUCAGCCAGCCAGCCAAUCUGUGAUUACAAUUGUCAUUGUGAUAGCUUUUGUUCACAUUGUUUUGGUGACUAAUUAUCAAAGUUAUUAUUUUGUAUGACAGACAUUGAGCAGUCAGGCAGCUCUGACCUAUGAUGAAGUUGUACGUGAAAUGAUGAUUGCUGAAGCACAAUACAUCAGAGAUUUGAAUAUGAUUAUCAAGGUAAUAUUUUCUUUAAUUUGCAUAUGUUGCAAUUAAGUGAUUUUGUUAGACUUAACCCUUUACCUCCCAUGAUCUGAUUGUUAAUUCUCCCCUGUAGCUGAUAUAUAUUUCCUUGUAAAUUAGUUAUGAGAACUUGGUGCUAAAUCAAGAUAGCAGCUUCUACCUGAUAAGUUUGAAUAUUCUCAUUACCUGUUUGCUGAAAAAUGUAUGGAUAUUGUAGGGAGAAGUUUUGUGUUAAUCACUUCUGGGAGUUAAAGGGUUAAGAAAUAUGACUCAGCCCAGUCCUCCAUAAUGCAUACUCCUACCCCACUCAGAUAUUCUUUGUUGAGUUUGACUCCUCUGCUCUGAUCUUUAUGAGGCUUAAUGUAAUUUAUAGUUCUCUAGAAGCAAGAGGAGGCAGUGUUUUCACCAGCUUCUUGAUUCUGAAGUGUACGUUACUUUUUUGAGACAAAAUAGGUGACAUACCCAUUUAAUCUGACAGUGAUGUUAACCUUUGUUAUACUCAACUUCUGGAUUCUGUUUCAAGACUGGUGGCACCAAAAAACAAAUGAAACAAUAACGUUAUCCACAAGUCUAUACUCUAUGGCUGGCAUUAUAGGACAAAGCAUUGGCAAGUCCUAAAUUAUUGCCUAUUGUUAGCCAAAUAUCACAUUUUCUGCACAAGCCUUUGCGGAGACAUCUUAGAUUUUCAAAUCUUCCUACUGUUCAUCAUGGGAAAACUUGAAAUCCUAAAAGAGAUCGCGACCGCAAAAAAAGAACUUCCAAAAUUUUAUCGCACGUGGGCUUUUUUACUUUAAUUUUUCAUACUGCUGUUGUUUUUAGGUUAGACUUAUACUUAAUUUCAUUUUUGAGACCUGUAUGUUUACUUGUGAUUGUCUUUUAAUUGAAAAGAACUUUGUAAACACGCCAACCGUAAAUUAAAUUAAUGUUAAUAGUAUUGUAAUACAUGUAUCGUAAUGUAGUGUAUGCAUAAUUUGUGUAAGUAUGAGUAUCAGUAGUGUUAGUAGCAAGUACAAUGUAAGUGUAAUUAAUGCUGUAAGUAGUGUAAGUGAUCGUCUUGUAAAUAAAAUUGUUUAAAAAAUUAAAAAAAAAAAAAAAAAGAUUGAAUUGUCUGGAAAGAAAACAACGUAUGUAAACAAGAAGAAUUGAAGCCAGGGGAAUAGGUGCGUUUUCCCUGUGGGAACUCCCAUGUACCUAACUGGGUGCAACAUGUUUUAACCUUAUCAGCCUAAUCACAACAUUUAUUCUUCAUGUCAUAUGUAAAGCUUGAUAUGGUAGUAACAAACUGUUUGUUGGCUGUACUUGCGACAAAACUCAGAGUGUGCCUUGUGAGUUAUUUUGAAAGUGAUGUUGUUUUACUUUCCCCUCAAAGGUCUUCAGAGCUCCUUUUAUUGAAGCCAAGGAUCUUUUUCUGCAUGAGGUACUUUUCUAAUGUAUGUUUUCCAUAGAUGCCCAGCUAGAAUUUUGUCAAGGGUGAGGGGAGAGUCACUCCCUGUCACAUAUCAAAACUAUUGAUGUAUAUUGAUCAUGAUCUUUUCUGUGAAGCAGACCCAAAAACUGAUCGUGGGAAAUUGUGAGCUGGAGUAUUUUAACUUGUUGUAAAUGAAUCUUAUUCGCAGGAUAUCAGCCGGAUUUUCAGCAAUAUUACUGACAUCUAUGAGUUCUCUGUUACAUUGCUGGGUUUGUUGGAGGCAGCAAUUGAAGUUGCAGAUGAAGGCAAACAGCCAGCAAUCGGGGAAUGCUUUGAAGAAAUGGCAGAGGUAUGAAGUGUUAAUGACAGAAAAGUAAAAGUCAAGUUUUCCCAACUUUUUUUUUUGGUCAUCUGACAAUCAUUAGUUUUUGAUCAAAGAAGUUUCAACCCUUUCACUCCAAGCUCCUAUUAGAAUUUCUUCUUAUUGUCUGCCAAACAUUUCUUUUGAUGUUAGCUCAGAAAAUUUGGUAUUGAUUCAACUAAUAAUCCCCUAAUUUAUAUUUUUCUUUAUUUGCAUUACUUUUUUGCUGAUAUUGUAAUGAUGUUUUAAGGAGAAAUUCUGUCCUGGUCACUUAACCCUUUAACUCCCAUAAGUGACCAGGACAGAAUUUCUCCUUACAAUAUCAAUACAUUGUCAAGCAGACAAGUAAUGAGAAUAUAGAAAAAUAUCAGUCAGGAGAUUAUAAGUUGAUCCAAUACCAAAUCCUCCAAACCAACAUCACAAGAAUUGUAUGGUAGACAGAAGGGAGUAUUACUAAUGAGAUCUUAAGAGUUGAAGGGUUAAAGGGCUAAAAUUCUCUUUUUACGGGCUUAGAGUCAUCCUUAAAUUGGACCUAGCUGGUUCUCCAGUCCUGUGGGUUUGAAAGUUAGUUGGUUUGUUUUUUGUUUAUCCAUGUUUUGAUGUACUGUAGAAUGCCGAGUUUGAAGUUUACUACACUUACACCAGCGAGCAGACUGCUUCAGCAAGCAAACAGUACAGACAUCUUGGCAUAGGUGGAAAACUUUCAGAGUUGUUGUUAAGAACUCCAGUGGAUGAAUACUUCAAGGUAUGAUUGUUUAUGAGGAGUAAAAUAUUCUGGCUACCUUGCUUUUCCCAAAUUUACCUGUUUUUUUCAAAUUGUUGCUCCUUCCCCCAUUUCCCCCCCCACCCCAACCCCUUCCCCCCCUUACUAAAAAGAGAGUCACAAUUUUGCAGAAGAAUUGCCUUCAAUUUUCAAUUGGAGGAUUAGAGGCUCCAAAAUACUCCAUCUUUGCUCAGGAAGUGGAUAACUUUCUUUGCAAACCAGCUAAAUUAAAUAUGUAAUUAAGAUGAAACAUAAAGUUAUGCAUUAGCUGAUUCAGUUCAGUUUCAAAGACAAUGACCAUAACUUUUUUUCCCCAGGCAAAAGGCCCAGGUUUCAAGGAAGCUGUGCAAUAUUGCCUUCCCAAGAUGCUUAUGAUGCCUGUCCAUCAUUGCUUGCACUACUUUGACCUCAUUAAGGUAACAGCAAGUGAUUCUUAUUGCAGAGUGCAAUGAAUGACCAACACAGAAUUUCCCUUACAAUAUUGAUACAAUAUCAAGAAUACAAGUAAUGAGAAUAAAGAAAAUAUCAAUUAGGGGAUUGUUAGUUGAUCCAAUAGCAAUUUCUCAGAACAAACGUCAUAAAAAUUGUAUGGUAGACAGUAAGGAGAAUUACUACUGUUUUCAGAUCAAUUUCAACCAAGGUUACAGGGCGUGUAAACUUUAACUGUAUGUCAUCUUAACUCCACAUGUAUAUUCCAAUGAACAUGGCAAAAAAUUUUCAUUGAAUGAGCUUAGCCACACAGUAACCUACAAUCAGUGCUCAGGAUAUUAACAAGCUAAGGUAAUAGAGAAUCCAGAUGGAAACCAUGUUUACUUUCCCUGUAAUUGGAUUGGUCAGUAUGGUGUCAGAGAUUGGGUAACAGUAAUCACACUGUAAAUAAAUCUCAUGGCUGAUAGCACCAUAAGGUAAUCCUUGCUGAAGCAGAUUCACUUCCAGAAGGUCUUGUGCAUAUGAAUCAAGUGACCUAAAUUGAGCCAUGAUGAUUUCACUUUUUGCAGUUGUUGCUUAGGACCUCUCCUGAUGAAGAUGACAUUGAGAGCUUGGAGCAGGUACAAUUUAACACAAAGAAAUAAACAGUAUUUCUAAAUUAUUUAAAUUAAAAGUACUUUUUUCUUUUAUAGGUAGGUAACCCAUAUCAGAAAGAAUAUAUUUUGAAAAUGUUACAAUGAAUUUAGCCCUGUCUUUGCAGGUUUCUUCACUUUUUCUUUAUGGGUACCUAGUACUUUCAAUGCAAGCCAAAAAAUGCUUUUUGUCCACUUUGUUCUUAUGUUUUGACCAUCUCUUUCAUUUUCCCUAUAAAAGUGUGAGGACCAGCUAAGAUGCAUUUAUUUAUUGACAGGCCCAGAGUGCACUGGGACCACUUCAAGCACAGAUGGAAAGAAUUGUCCAAUCAUUGGGAAAUAUCACAAAGAGAAGAAAGUUGAAAAGUUGAAAAGGUUUUGAUGAGGUUGGUCAUUUUUGGCAUGCAAGCAGACCUCUAUUCUUAGGGUUUUGUCUUGAGCAUUUCUUUGCCCAUGGGAAAAUAGGAGGCCUUAGGUAAUGUAAGUGGACAAGAGGUUUGUAAGGGGUCCGGUGCUGAUAGUUAUCAGUGCCAGACCCCAGCAAACCUCUAAGGAGCAAGAUUUGAAGUCAUUCGUACUUGAAGAAUGAGGUAUAUUCCAUGUCAUCCACACUUGAAUUUAGCUUUUUGUCUCAUGGCUGUAAAAACCAGGCAUAUUUCAUGCAUCCUGCAUUUGUCUGAGUAUUAUAAUUACCACUAAGACUUCAGUAAUUUUGAUGGAUUCUAAGGGGCUCUAUUGGAUUGGGAGGGACUCCAUUAAAAGAUUCUAGUGGAGUCCAUCGGACAACAUUUUUACACUUCCUGAUGUUCAUCUGACUUCUGCUACUCUUUUGCUUCAUGACUUCUGGCAAUAUUACUUCCAUUGGAAGGUGUUAGGAAUAGAAUUUUGUUUAUUCUAUUGGAAAACUACAUUCUUGUUCAGAAUCUACAGAUAUGUAUGCCAACUCAUUUUAAAUGUUCAUGUUGAUAGUGAGAUGCACAUUGUGCAGCACCAAAAAUGAGGGCAUGCUGGCCAACCACAAAAUGUUUCUCUUUGAAUUGUUUUUAAAAUCAUUCAGAUUACUUAAUAGUCACAACCUACAAAUUUGUUUUUUGUUAGGGACCAGUUCACAAAAGCGCAGAAAAGGAAAUCAGGAGCUUUCCGAUCAGCAGCUGUGAUCAUGAAUGAAUUACAGAGAAGCAUUGAAGGAUGGGAGGUUGUUACAUGAUCUGUUGCCAUAAAGAGUACAAAAAUAUUAUAUUUACCCACUUGACUUUACCCAGGGAUCCAAGCCUCUACAUGACUGAAAAUAUUAAGCGUCCAAACUUAAAAAAAUACAACUUUCAGGUCAGAAAAGUGGUUCUCAACUGUCACUGAAUUACUGGUCAUAUUCAUAUCUGAUAUAAUACUCAACUGAAUGGCUUCAGUUUCAUUAGUGUCCUUUCCAUAAAAUAUUUCCUGAGUCCUGAAUAGUUUCCAUUAAAAUGGUUCCUUUCAGUUACUACCAGUUACAUUAUGGCAUGAUGACAAUGUGAUAUUCACCAUUUCACCAAAGCCUACAAAAAUAAUAUAUAGAAAAUAACUCUUUUCCAACUCUGUAGUGAAAAGACAAGUUGGGUAUCAAAGAACUGUAUGCCAUGCUUUCUAUUAGACACUCAUGUUUGUUUAGAAUAAUGCCUUCUCAUGACUCGUUGGGUUUCUAAGCUUUUUUUUUUUGUAUCUUUGAAGGGGAGAGAUAUUUCACAGUCUUGUACAGAAGUAAUGAAAGGUAAGGUCAGUUGUAACUAAUAUGUCUUCAGUGAAGGAGGAAUCACAAACUUGAAUCUACAUGAGUUUCUUUUUUUGGAGUUUCUAUGACUGAUGUAUGUAGCUUCUGAUGUAUGUAGCUUCUUUGACUGAUGUAUGUAGCUUCUUUGACUGAUGUAUGUAGCUUCUUCGACUGAUGUACAUGUAUGUAGCUUCUGAUGUAUGGAGCUUCUAUGUCUGAUGUAUGUAGCUUCUGAUGUAUGGAGCUUCUUUGACUGAUCUACAUGUAUGGAGCUUCUUCGACUGAUGUACAUGUAUGUAGCUUCUUUGACUGAUGUAUGUGGUUAAUUUUUACUCACACAGAGGGAACCCUUGGUAAGAUUCAUCCAAACAAAAGGGACACUGAAAGAUAUUGUUUUCUCUUGGAUGGUCUUCUUAUCUGUUGCAAACAGGUAAUAUUUUAUCGUUAUAUAUUUUAUCGCGUGUUUUUUUCGUUAAUUUGAAUUUGUUGACUGGCCUUGCUUUUGACAAAAUAAGCCAUUGACCGAUGAACAACCUUAAAAAACGAUCGACAGAUUAAUUGAAAGACUGACUUAGUGAAGGAUUGUUGUAAAUCCAAAAAAUUCCGUAAAUAAACGCAGAACUUUUUGGAAUGUUUCCCUGGACAUUUGAUUGAGAAUUUAUUUUCAAAAUAUCGAGGAAACCAUUCUUCAGUAGAAGUAUCUCUUUCUCUUUUGUUCGCAAAGUAAUAGUGAAUCAGUCUCCAGUUACUUUCCAAAUUCUUUCACUUUUCAGGCUGGGAAAAGUGCUUGAUUUUCCAGGUGUACGAUGACUUGCACAAACCCUAUACAUGCCUGACUGUCUGUGUGUAUUUAAAUGACUGUCCCUGUCUUUUGGUGUUUUGAAUGAUGGACGACUGUCUAGCCAUAUGACUGACUGUCUGCAUAUUCAGUGUCUGACUAGCCCCUAUCGGUGACUGGUUAUGUGAUAGAGUAUGUUUGAUCAGUUGGGCCAACAGAAAGAGACAGGGAUGUUAUAUAUGUGCUAGAUCCCUUGCAGACUUCUCACCAGCUUGCGUUUCUGGAGGCCUCAUAUUUCCGAAGAAACGCUCGUGCCCAGCCAUUAGUAACGAGGCCUAACCGCAAGUCAAAUCCAUGGACAUAUGUUCAUUCUCUGAUUAAAUAUUAUUACUAAUUAUAAUUAAUGAUCUUGUUUUCAAUGCAUUUUUCAGAAUACAAGACUUUCAUUGACAGGGCCAUCACCCGAGUACCGACUGAAAGAAAAGUAUUAUAUAAGAAAGAUUGAAAUCAACAAUCUUGAUGAUACAGAAGGUAACUAGAAUACCACAGUAUCUGGUCGUUUCGUACUUAGUCGUUUCGUACACAUAUAUAGUCGAUUCGUACCCAAGUUUGAAUCGGUUCGUGCCCAGACCGCCGAUCGAUCCUUACAUUUAUUCGAAAUGCCUCACCCACGAGCGUGUGAACAGACGUCGCUCGUUGCGUACGAAACGUCUCGACUGACUGGGUAUGAAACGACCGCUAACCCCACCAAGUAAUAUCUUUGAAGGAGAAAGUGGAGCUGAUAAACAGAGAAAGAUGUUUUCGUCUUGUCACGAGCGUGGGACAAAGAAAAAAAACCUGAGUCCCCAUGAGAAAUCGAACCUCAGAUCUUCGCAUUCCGCACUCCGAUGCUCUAACCACUGAUCUACAGAGACUCCACGGUGAGCGAGGUCCAUUACGAAGUUUAUAUGACACGCAUCCUGCAUACUGCUAGGAUCAUCAAUGUCGAAAGCGUAAUGUUUGUAGAAAAUUAUUUUUAUCUACAAACAUAACGCUUUCGACAUUGCUGUUCCUAGCAGUAUGCAGGAUGCGUGUCAUAUAUACUUUGUAAUAAACCUCGCCAAAAUUACUCCUGCUCUGCUCUACUCUAAUUUUCACUGUAAAAUGAGUAGCAUAGACUUGUAGCUUUGCAUUUUGUGUGUUAAUGAAAUACUAACAAACCAUCUUAUGAAUUAGUUUUUUUUUUGUUAAACCAGAUGUUAAGAAUGCAUUUGAGAUUGUGGACAGAGAUCAACCCAAGGCCGUCUUUACAUGUAAGACAGAAGAGGAGAAAAACGAAUGGAUGUCAGUACUAAUGACAAUCUACAUGAGAAGGUAAAUGUGAGCCAUUUAAAACACGCUGUGCAUUUUACGACUUCUUUUGUUCAUUACACGGGAUGCGCGGUGACCCGCGGCCAGCGCACUGGGCCCCAGGUCUAGAGGUCUGGGUGCGAGACCUGGCUGAGUCAUCUAGUUGUGUUCAUGGGCAUGGUACUUUAGCCUCACAGUGCCUCUCUCUCCAACCAGGACAGUAAAUGGGUACGGGCGAACAGUCUGGUGGCGGUAGCUCGCGAUAGACUAGAGUCCCAUCGAUCGCCUCAUGCUAUAAAAACUGGGACAAGCUCCGGGUAGAUGGUGGGGGCACUUGGAUCGAUUGCACCUUUUACCUUUGUAUAUGAUUGGUUUUUUUUGUCUCUGAACAGUACUCUGGACAGAAUGUUGGACCAUCUUCUGUUAGAAGAAGAGAAGGCAAUUCCUCUUAGAAUGCCGAGUCCUGAGGAGUACUGGUAAGUUCACUCACAAAUUGGCAUCUUAUGCAACUAACUGUUCAUGGCUGGAAAAAUCAUUUUGGAGUUUUUGGAAAACUCGUUUAUUGAGUUUUCAAGUAGAUUUUUUUUGAUAGUUUGAGUGUUUCAUUUCCCUUUCAGUUUUGCUGUCAAAGACGCUGAAGACAACAUUGUGUUCGAGGAUGGACAAGGGGUAUGAAUGACAAAAUUGUUAAAUGUUAUUGACUCGCUCUGGCUUCUGUGUUCAGAUUUUGCUAAAAGCCAAACUGGCGUCAAAUUAACAAAGAAAACUAAGUCCUAGUAUUGCUCUGUAGCUUUCGUUUUAACCCUUUAAUUCCCAAAAGUGAUUAAUAAGUAACUUCUCCCCACAAUAUCCUUGCACCAUCCAGCAAACAGGUAAUGAGAAUACUCAAAUGUAUCGGGUAGUUGUUAUCUUGAUCUAACACCAAAUUCUCGCAACUUAUUUACAAAAAAAUGUGUAGCAGUCAGUGGGGAGAAUUAACAAUCAGAUCUUGGAAGUUAAAGGGUUAAUGGUUAUCCGCUGGGGUUUUAUCCACAUACAGUGGAUCCCGCCUUACGGUCAUCUCGUUAUUACGGCCGCCUGUUUUUUGGCCCGGCAAAACGGGCUUGCAUUUUCUCAUCAAAAACUUUCCUUAUUAUGGCCAACAGCCAUAUUUUAGAAUCGCAAACAGUAGAAUCCUUUUUAAUAUUACCGCGUCAUUACGGCCACGAGGGCUAAAUUUAGAAAACCAAAACCCCUGUCACGUGUUAAUUUCAUUGAUCUCUGUCAUUUACUAAUCAAACGGCCGAUUUGCUUUACAAAUUUAGUAAGUAAGUAAGUAAGCAACACUCCUCCCAGUUUUCAUUACAAACACGAUAAAGGAGAUGAAUCUUGACGCUAGCAUCUGCUUUGGCAAAUUAAGAUGCGAUUAUGAGAUGUAACCCUGCCCCGGCCAUUCCAUUAAUACGGCCAAUUUGUUUGGGCCCAUUGGAGACCGUAUCAGCGAGAUUCCACGUUAAUUAAAAUUUACAGCUUCCCUUGUGGGUCACACCUCAAAGUUUCCUAUAUAGACUGUUAUCCAAAACCACCUGGGGCAGCCUAGAAAAUAGAACCGUAUUGAAAUGUUGCGCGAUAGUUUUCACUUGAAUGUCCUUACUAGGAUUUCAAGAUUUUACCAUUGGGGUAUUUUAAACAGCUUUUUUUUUCCGCCUUCGGAGAAACCUUUUUAUUAAGUAGUCUGAACGGCUGAUCGUAUCUUCUCACAGAGCACAAGUAAUGCGCCUGUCAUCAAAGGUGGAACAUUGAUAAAGUUGAUUGAAAGGUUGACCCAUCACAAGUAUGCGGGUAAGUUUCAUACUCACAGGUUAAUCAGUUCUAAAACUGAAUAUUAAUCGUGGGAGGAAUUUGAUCAUGGAGGUUUAGAACAAAUUUAUGUGUGUUGAAAUAGAGCUAUCUUGGAUUGCAAUGGCUUUGCUUUUCUUCGCAACGUGAUCGGCACAAACAUAACUCGCGUCACUCUCAACCAAUCAGAUGUAAGUCUUAGACCAAUCGCAAAUGUGUCGCUCGCAUUUUCCCGCGCUUCAGUCAUUUUUCUUCGCAGUUUGGUUUCUCACUGGUUCCUUAAGAAGUUUUCUUAUGUUGUUAUUGGCAAAUGUUAUCAGCCUGGUUUGGUUUUUCAACCGUCAGUACGAAACGCUCUAUGUAGGCACUGAAAAAGCCACCUGAACGCUUUAACAACAACAGGAACAAAACAUACUAAAGGAAAGAGCGAGUUCAUAUUAACAUUGCCUGUUAUCGCGAACAUUUCUUAACCUUCCCGUUUCUUUAAUUUUGCUGCAGAUCCAACCUUUGUGAGGACUUUUCUGACCACUUACCGAUCAUUCUGCAAACCAACAGAGCUCUUAGGUUAUUUAAUUCAGAGAUAUCCUUUUACAUAAAUUAUUUACGUUACAUUUUGUUUACCAUCCGAGUGAUAAAUAUCUAAAGAAAGUACAAAUUCAACGUGUGUUUACGGCUUUGGAGGUUAUUUCUUGCCUCUGUGAAGCUAAUAACGUCUAUUUAAAGAUGCACGUCUCAGUUAUAAUGCCAGCGUAGUAGUUGUAAUUAACAGUGGUGUUAAACAGUUUUGAAGCUUUAACUGCAUCUCACGUUUGAAAUACCUGAGCCUCCCCCUAGCGAACAAGAUGAAUUAGCCAUGGCCAGGGGGGAGCCUGUUGUGCGUGAAGACCUCAAAAGAUUCAGAAAGGAAUAUGCUCAACCAGUGCAAUUAAGGUAGGUAUUUGAACGAAGAGGACAUCUUUGGGGUAGUUUUCUUCGAGACAUUCUAAAGAACGACACCUCUUUCACUAAAGUUAUUUAUCUUGUUGCAUUUUGAGAUAUUUUUUUCAUCUGAUCAGAGUUUUAAAUGUUAUUCGCCAUUGGGUGGACAACCACUGCUAUGAUUUUGAACGCGAUUCGCAGCUGUUGACGAAACUCAACGAGUUCUUGGACACAGUCAAAGGCAAAGCCAUGAGACGCUGGGUGGAGUCUAUAAAAAAAGUUAUCGCCAGAAAGGUAGCAGUGUUUUUUUGAUGAAUUCUAACUUUAGUCUCAACUCGUUCUUUUCAGGUCCCUCCGACGUGCUUGUUACAAUUUUGGACACCCACUGCGUCAGUCAAAUUAGUUAAAUUCAUUCAGUAAAGUUCAAUGAUCAUUUCCUUUCCUUUUCAGACGAAUUCCGACAAUGACAUUGCUCCAGAAAUUACAUUUGAGAAAGAGCCGCCACCGACAGAAUGGCACAUAGCUGCUUGCAACGACAUCGAAAGAUUCGACAUCCUCACCGUACGUUUGAUUUGUGGAUGUUUUCUUUUGGCGUCGUUGAUAAUGAAGAAAUGUAAAAUGGUUUCCGUGUUUACAUAGCCUUUUUAAAAAACUUAAGUUUUUAUUUAACUACGGAAACCAUUUUACAUUUCUUUUAUAAAAUAACUAAUGAAAGAGGAACGAAAACCGUGUUUACAUACGCUCAUGUAAAAUGGUUUUAUGGCCAAUCAGAGUGCGCGUACUAUUUGAAUUAUUUUAUAAUGAAUUGUGUUACAAAAAACUAAAGUUUUUAUUUAAUUAGAAAUCAAGUGUCACAAAUAAAGUGGGAUUGCGAUGGCUUUGCUUCAAUACGCGCUAUGAUUGGUUUACAUAAAAACUCGCGCGCCUUCUUAGCCAACCAGAUGCUAAACUGGAAUUUAUCACGACUCGCUAACCUGCAUUUUCCCGCGCUUGAAGGCUUUUAUUUCAAUCUAUCUAAAGUUCCCCCAGUCUCUCUGUGAUUUUGCCAUUUGUUCUGUUAGCCUGUUAUAUCAUGAUAACUUUGGUUUUAAUGUUACGACACUUAGCCAAACAGUGUCACAGGCAGUGGAUUUAUUCAAUUUUACUUAUCACUGUUUUUCCCUUGGAUAAUUUUACGACCGCUUUGACUAAAGCAGUGCGUAGCUUGUCUUCAAUACCUUCGUUUAGGUUUAAUGAUGUUUCAAACAUAAUUAGUACAAACGUUGAUGUAUAAUUUCUUAUUUAUUUUCCCGUAGCUGCAUCCAAUUGAGAUUGCUCGGCAGUUAACUAUCAUCGAGUCAGAGCUGUACAGGUAAAAAUAUGUUGUUGUCAGUACAACAAACUGCCUUUUUAAAUGGAAGAUUUUUGUCAUCUUUCGAAAGAGACUCUCUAAUUUUCGCAUUUCCUUAACCCGUUACUCGUCCAGUUUGCACUCACGCGCUUAUAUACAAUUUAUUUGUCCCCAGAACUUUUCUCAAGUAUCGCGUUCAGUUUCUCUUAAAACGAUACGUAUGAAAAUUUUGGGAGACUGAAAAACUAACUGUUAUUCCAAGUUAUAUCUCCGAGGGAAGGCUAUUUUUCCUUUAGGAAUACACAAUUUCUCACUGGUUUAUCUGCGCUUCUCAGCGGAAAAAAAGUGUGAGGGAAUGGUUGCUAGUUUGGUGAAAAUUGUAUCGGUAUGAAUACAUGUGACGUGUUCCGCGGAAACCCGUAUAUUGCCUCAGAUUGGUUGUUGCUAAGUUACAUCAAUUCGCGUGCAGUUUUCAACCAGACAUUUCCUGUCAAUGUGGUUAGUCAUAGAUAACGAAUCUGGUACAUCCCUUUAUAGAGAGGAAAAAAAUUAUCACAUUUUUUCAGUUUAUCAAUUUUUUUUUUGUCAGAGCUGUCCGCCCUUCAGAACUUGUAGGAAGUGUGUGGACGAAGGAAGACAUUAAAUAUCUUACUUCACCGAAUCUUCUGAAGAUGAUCCAUCACACGAACAAGAUCACUAUGUGGUUUGAGAAGAGCAUGUUGGAGUUUGCGAAUUUAGAAGAGAGAGUAGCAGUUUUAAACAGAGUUAUCGACAUUUUAACAGUGAGUAUUGAGAAACUCCCAGGAUAUGGUUGUUAACUCUCCUUUCUUACUACUACCCAUUUCUCUGAAAAUUAUCUACGAGAAUUUGGUGCUUGAUCAAGACCAUGACCUUAACUUGAUAAGUUUGAGUAUUCUCAUCACCUGUUUGGUGGAUAAUGUAUGGAUGUUAUAGGGAGAAGUUACACGUUAAUCACUUCUGAGAGUUAAAGGAUUAACGUCGGAGCAUACGUUGACCGUGCUAAGUGCAGAAAAAUAGGGGUGUAUCCACGAUUCCAGCAUGUGGGAAAUAUAUGAUUUGAGAAUACGAUUUUGGCUUGUAAGGAUAUCUCUUUAAUUUUUAUUGUACUCUCUCUUCCAUUUUUAUUUUAGGUUUUUCAAGAAUUAAACAAUUUCAAUGGUAUUCUAGAAGUAGUCAGUGCAAUUAAUUCGUCUCCUAUCUUCAGACUUAAUCACACGUUUGCAGUAAGUUUGUCACUCAUUUUACUUUACUCAAACUCUGUUUUGUUACAAAUUGGUAGUGUAACGGUACUGAUUUCUUUCUCUUCGGUAUCAUCCUGUUUUCACAAUGCAAUGCGAGGUUUCCAUUCGAUUUUUGUGGACGUGAGGCAGGAAAACUGGGUCUCGUGUAUCAAGUCCAUCCUCAUCUCCAGGGCCUCUCUUCUUCCUGUCCCCUCCCUACAAAGUUUCCUUUAGCUGAGAUAUUAACUCACAUGAACUUUCCUUUUACGUUUUUCUUCAUUAUUCUUCUAAUAAGUUCCUGCCAAAAGUGUGUUUAGGUGUCCAAUGGACGUCAUAAAAACAGCUGUUCAGAAAGGCGAGAUUUGCCUUUCAAAGUGAUUUUCAAGAGAAUUUAAGACUAUGCAUUCACUUGUUGCACUCUAUUCAGUUUCUCCUAGGCUCGCGUCCAAGCUUUUAGAAUGAGGGUCCACCGUAGUUAUUCAUGGUUAUUGCAUUUGAGGCUCAUGUAUUGCGUUAAAAUUGCGCCUGAAUUCGAAGUCCCAGCGUGUAGUUGAUGCUCAGUCCUACAGUUCCCAUUUGCUAGUAUUGAACGCAUUAAAUCGUGUAUAACUUGAUAUACAGGUUCCGGUUUUUCGAAGGGUGGAUAACUCUAUCCACUGCGUAAAUCUCUACCCGGUGGAUAGGGCAGCACUUUUUUCAUCACUUAUCCGUCGGAUACCGAUUUAUUCGUUAGAGAGUGUUUUCCUCCUUUUAAAGAUCUGGACCUUGGACUAUUGAUGCAUUCGCAAGAUUUUGCUUUGUUUAUGUUUCGAUUUUGUCUUUUCUUCUCUGCAGGAGCUGAGCCCCAGACGGAAGCAAAUUUUGGAGGAGGCGAAAGAGCUUAGCAGCGAUCAUUACAAGAAGUACAUCGAAAAAUUACGUUCCAUCAACCCCCCCUGUGUGCCUUUCUUUGGUACGUAUUUCAUUUCUAUUUUUGUUAAUCACCCAUUGCUGUGCGGGGGGAUCGUAGAAGGUUCGACUAGAGGGGUGGUCAAAAUUUGAUCGAGAAACUCAGACAUUUUAAUUAGCACACUAUUGUAAAUAAGCAAAGAAAUAUUCCUAAGCAACUAAAUUGUAAAUACUCUAUAUUGAGUAGUAACUUAUGAUCCUGUCGUUGCACGAAUGUUGUUGUCAGAAGGAGUUAGAAAAGCCAACGAGUCUGAUUGGGGGAAGGUCCGGAUCUCCGGACCCCCUGGGACCCCCUGGGACUCCCUCCCCAUGGAUCUGCCACUGCUUUGUAAAGGAAUAAAAUAUUGUUUCCUUUGUUUACUAUAGGUAUGUACUUAACAAAUAUUCUGAAGACUGAAGAAGGAAAUCCAGAUUUUCUACCCAAUUAUCCAAAAGGGAUCAUAAACUUUAGUAAGAGGUGAGAUCAGAGGCCACCUUUUGAUUUGAGCAGUUCUCCUAACUAGUGGAAAAAACAUAUGAUUAAUUUAUUUCCCUUCUUUUCUAUUGUUACUUUAAAUUUUUUUGCAACAGGAGAAAAGUCGCUGAAAUCACCGGUGAAAUCCAACAGUAUCAGAAUCAACCCUACUGUCUUCAGAAAGAGUCCUUCAUUACGGUAAGAAUUAACAGAAUGCGUGCGCUCUCUUUGGCGGGAAAUGUUACGGAUGCUCACUCACUGGCAUUGACCGUUUCUUGACUGAUUGACUGAGUAUGUGCAGUCUUGAUAACUUUGGUUUUAUUAACUGAAUUGAUAUAUAAAUUGGCCACCUUAAAGAAUUUGAAAGCUGAUGCUGACCGCAUUGCUUUCGAGAAUUGCUCUGUUUUGUUUUGUUUUGUUUUUUUUUUACCUUGUAAACAACAUUUUGUGUAUGAAUCAGAGGUUUCUGUUGCUUGUCCCUUAAUUUUGUCGCCUUACAGUUUGUAACAGAGUUUGUGUUUUAAUGUAGGAAUAUCUAGAGACGUUAGAUCCGUUUGAGGGAAGAAGUGACAAAGAAAUGGAAGACUACCUGUACGACUUGUCUCUGGAAAUCGAGCCACGAAACUGUCGACAGCUUGUCAAGCAUGUAAGUGUAUAUGUUGUGCAUUAAACCUUUUACACCUUAGCGCCAGUGUACACAUUCUCCAUACUGUUCCCCAUACAUUUCCCAAGGUGCUGACAAGGAGAAUUUGUUUAACAUCAAGAGCUUAAGGAGGAUUCGCGUGUUACAUUGUAAGGAGAUGUACGUCACUCUGAGGUCAGAGGGUCAAUUUCUUUCUUUUUCCUCCGCGAAUCUUUGAACAAAAAGACCCUAGUAAGCUUCCGUCUGGUGUGUUGUUAUCGUUUUCUGAAGGUUUUUUGGCUUUUUUACCGUUUCAGCCUCGCAAGACGGACAUUUCCCUCAGAUCGCCAGGCACAAGGCCAAGUUAUCUACAGUCUCGUCUGUCAAUCACAUCUCAGACGUCUUUGAGAAGGAGCGCCUCUCAAGCUUCGUACAUUUUCUUACCAGACAGCGACAUGUUUCCUUCAACGACGUCGCUAUCUCCGAGCACCCCAAGGACGCCUUUGUCAACGAUUUCCUUCCUGCCCCCUGACAGCAUCUCGGAAACGAUUUCCGAAUCUCCGUUGCUUGAAGACACAGAACCCGACUAUGUUAACAUCGAGAACUUUCCGGAGCAAGAGCCUCCGCCUGAUAUACCUCCGAGAAAACCUUCGAAUCAGACAAAACAUCGUGCGGCGUCGGUGAAUGGCGAUAGGCCUUCCGAACAUGUGACUUCGCCUGUACGUCGGCAAAUGUCGGAUAUUAUUCCAAGUAUCCCUCGAAAACCAACUAAGUCAGUGACAAUAGAUAGGUGUCAGAACAUUGCUCAAGAUGACGACGAUGCCCCUCCAAUACCCCCAAGGGAACCAAAUAGGGGGCCUCGUCGAAUUCCACCUCCGAUUCCCCCUAGGGUACCCGGAGGGCAUGAACCCAUGACCGGGAAUGUGGAAUUAACUAAUCACGAAGACGCUCCUCCCCCGGCUUUGCCGCCCAAAACAAAACGUUCAUGACAAUUGUCAUGUCGUGACCGGAUCAACGCGUGACAGGCCUGUCAUUGUGUGACAUGCCUUUACUAAAUGACUUCUAUGACACGGAGUAGCGCUUGAAAUUUAAUUUGUUUUUCAAAUUGAUCUUCAAACAUAGCUGCAAAUGGCUUCAAUUAUCUCAAAGAAUAGACCUGAUUUUGUUCAGGAAUAGAAUUAUAUAGAAGUAUAAAUCUGAGGAAAUGUUUUCCCUUUUCGAGUGCGAUAUGUAGAUACAUAUACCAAAAUUUGGAGCAAUUGGAAAAAAAUUUCAGAUUGAAUGGACAAUAAGCUUGAAGUGCAUUCGUUUUCAGUCUUUUCAUUAGGAAACGUGGCCGUAGAGGCGUGGAACGAGUGCGUUCAAAAUGGUAGAUAAUGAUACGUUCCAGGUGAACGUUGGGCUUGCGGUGUUUCUGCAGCAUGGUAGGGGUGGGAGAGUUUGGUAAAGGUGCCACAGUACCUCUCUGGGCACUCUGCAGUUACAUUAAAGGCUCGACAAACUUUUGUUUGCGCGAAUUUUUUUUAUAAAAUUUUGCUUUAUCGCUCAAUGCGAUCGGAAAUAAACUUUAAUUCAUAGAUAUGUCGAAUUGUUUCUUAAUGUCCCAGAAAAUAAAGGCUUAUGAAUUUUUAAUCGCGUGUUGUGUUCUUUUGUUGAUUAUGAAUCAUAAACAGAUUGCGCAGGAAGAUAAUGCUUUUCGAUCGAGUGUCGUAAGACUAAAGCCAAAAUAAUUACAACGGCCAAUCAGGAUAGAGAAAAAUACCAUGCCGUGAUUGGUUGAGAUAGUGGCGCGAGUUUUCUGGACCAAUCACAGAGUGAAGCACAGCAAACCAUAGUAACCCUAGAUUACUUUCGACUCUGAAUCUUGCCUAACCAUUGUCACUAGGUUCGACUUGUGUGCAUGUGUACUAUGGUGUGAGAUUCGGAACUCUAUAUUAAGCAAAAAAAACACAUCUUCAUAGUAAAUUUAUAUCUGUUCGCGCGAGAAAGGUUAAAUGUCAAUAGGUUGCAAAAAUCACAGCCAUUCUUAAUUUUCCAAACCGAGAACAGGUUAGGCAAAUGAGAAAACAAUCAAUGAGAGAAUAUUCGACGGAAGAUGUAAGAACGUUCGCAUUGCGAACAUUCGUUACAACUACUCAAAUUUUCAAGCUUCUAUUUCUCUAUUAAAAUUAAAGAGCUGAACAAAUCAACUCGAACAGACGCAGAUUCUCUGAGAUUCCUCCAAAAGCUUUGAAUCUCUUCCUACGCUGUUUAUCGUAUUUUCAAUAUUUCUGACAAUGUUUGGAAAUGAACAGGACUACACCCUUUAAAAUACAGGUUCUACCCUUUUUUUUUGGUUCCUAGUUUUACUUAGUUGUGGAAUUUGUUGAUUACAUAAAGCAGAACCUAGUAAUUCAUAAGGUAUAUUAACCAUGGAAUAAAUGUAAGUUUUAAAAUAUUUAAUUACAAAAACUACCUAAUUAUUUUACCGGAAAUGACGUAUAGUAUAUAUUUUUUAAGUCGUAGCUACUUAAGGUGACGGUCAUUAUUCAUCGUCUAAGGGGUUAACUGGGUGGGGGGGUGGGUGGAUUGGAGGUUCUUGGUUUUGUCACGAUAAAAUUAACCUAAUCCCCCAAUCCGGCUGUGUGAUAUUCAUAAGAAACACCCCCCCCCCUCGUUAUUU